GUCUCCAACCCUCCUCUCGCAUCUCUCUUACGAUUCUCUCGAUGGCCGAUUCCGAUGAAGAGUAUGUAGGGGAAAUCUCCGAGGAUGAGGUUGAUGGUAAUCUAGGUUCAUCUCGAGGCGGAGCCGCCCAACCGUCACGUUCGAAGAGGAAGAGAAACCGUGGAGGCGCCGAAUGGGAAGUUUCGAGGACCUGGGAAAGUUUGGUUGAAGGCGCAGACGGCACGAUAAACUCCACAGUAGAGGGACUACUAGAAGCUGGGAAAAGAAAGAGACUUCUACGAGACACCACACCGCUACAACGAGGCAUUAUCCGCCAUCUUAUGCUGGUCCUUGAUUUGUCACAGUCGAUGGCCGAAAAGGAUCUAAGGCCAACGCGAUAUCUCCUGUCCCUUCGCUACGCCCAAGAGUUCGUAAGAGAAUUCUUUGAACAAAACCCCAUCUCUCAGCUGGGCGUUCUUGGCUUGAGGGAUGGCCUCGCAGUACGGGUUAGUGACAUGAGCGGAAAUCCUACUGAACACAUCAGUGCAAUCCAACACCUACGGGACCAUGACCCGAAGGGUCUUCCCAGUCUACAGAAUGGGCUCGAAAUGGCCCGUGGUGCUCUUUUCCACACUCCAACCCACGGCACCCGUGAAGUACUAAUCAUCUUCGGCUCCCUGUUAUCCUCUGAUCCGGGUGACAUCCACCGAACCAUAGCUACUCUGGUCAGCGAGAAAAUCCGUGUUGGCAUUGUGGGUCUCGCUGCUCAAGUUGCCAUCUGCCGUGAGCUCUGUUCCAAGACAAAUCAUGGCGAUGAUAACACAUACGGUGUGGCACUGAACGAACAGCACUUUCGCGAAUUGGUAAUGGGUGUCACGACCCCUCCGGCCACACUUUCCCAGAAGCAGUCCGCAAGCUCCCUCUUGAUGAUGGGAUUUCCGUCUCGUUCUGUCGAGGCUCAUCCUUCUCUAUGUGCAUGCCAUUCGAAUCCUUCUUGUGGAGGCUACUCUUGCUCUCGAUGCAAUAGCAAAGUUUGCGGCCUUCCCGCCGAAUGUCCUUCCUGCGGUUUGACACUAAUUUUAUCCACGCAUCUCGCUCGCUCUUAUCACCACCUUUUCCCACUGGUGAAUUGGGUCGAGGUUCCGUGGCAACGGGCCUCGCGUAGCGCGGCCUGCUUCGCUUGCGGUAUCACUUUCCCCCUCGUGCCUUCCAAAGAUCAAUGGCAGGCGUCAGACGUACAGUCAAAAGGAAUGAGCGUAAGCAGUCGCUACGAAUGUACUGUGUGUCGGAAUCAUUUUUGCAUUGACUGCGACCUUUUCGCUCAUGAAGUUGUGCAUAACUGCCCUGGCUGUCAAAGCAGAGCCACGUCGCCAACGUCGCCCAGGCCUGCUCCUGGUGCUGAUAUUACUGACAGGAUGGAUACAUCGGCAUGAUCUAGUCGAUAUAACUCAGUACUACUACGAGACGCUCCGUUCUCGCCACCCACUCUACGCAGGACGUGCAAUAUCCGUAAGCCGUACACUAUGGAUGUUGGUCGGGAACGAGACACGGAAGUCAGCCUAGCAAAGCGGAGCGGCGGCCAGUGUAUGGGCAGUCAGCAGAAAAUGUAAUCGUCAUAUGCGAGCGUCUUGAGCGUGGUAUCGUUGUAAACACAUCCAUGACAGCGAUCCGCACAUGGCAUCCUGAGCAAAGUAGUAUCAGUAUUACAUUGGGUGUACGAUUCCUCCUCCGUCAAUGAAUG